AUGCGUGUGACCAGAUCAACGACCUCACCUGCUGAUAAGGAAGCUGCUCUAGCAUUCUCAAAGUGGUUACUUGACAUCGGAGAUGGUCUAACUGGCGUACCGUACAAACAAUCACCAGACACGAAAAUCAUUGACAUACCAACACAGUUUCUAAUACAACCAGGGGAAAAUGGCUUGCAUCAGUUGAUAAAAUUCAUUUAUGAUGACGACAUCCUCCACAAUCCAACAGCCUCUAACCUUUCCGAGAGAGCCAUAGUAUGUCCAAAGAAUGAAACCGCUGAUGAAAUCAAUGAGUUAGUGCUUGCAUCUUCCCCUGGCGAAUGUUCAACAUACUUGAGUGUAGACUCUAUAACGCCUCAUUCCCACAGCCAAGGUGAUACCGAUCUUAUGAAAGACAACAUGCAAGAGGGUAGGAUAUCAUCCAUUGUCCCAGCAGGACCUGCAAUACCAAUUAAAAUUCGUGUCAUAAGAAAGUGGCAGCCUCGCCUACGUAACAGCGACAUGUACUACUUUUUCAUAGACAAACAUGGUGAUGGAAUACAAGCUAGCGUGCACUGGCUAGACAAAGAACUUUUCGAAAGGAAAAUCACCCUUUUCUCAUGCUACCUUCUGGAAAAAUACAUAUGCGAUGACCAGCCAACACCACCAAGAGUGAAUUCACACAUCGCAAGCAUUCGCAUGGGAACAAAAGCAUCACUAACCUUAAUUCCUACACCAGAUGCAUUUCCAAUGUACUAUUUCAACUUUUGUCCCUAUAGCGACCUUUCACUUCGUACUGGUGACGAUCAAGAACUCCUUACAGACUACUUGGCAAAGCUAGAGUACACAACACCCGGAACAACCAAAAAGGGAAGAGAAUAUCUACGUCUUCGUCUCACGGAUAUCAGCGGCGAACACAUAAACGCUACUUUAUGGGAAGAGGUCUUACCAAAGUUUGAUAAACAGGCAAUGUUGGCUGCAGAGCAACCAAUAAUCGUUGCCUUGACAUCCGUUUGCGUAAGCACGUUCAAUGAUCGAGUGCAACUAGCAUCAACAAUUCCAACCCAUAUCUACUUUAACCCUGAUAUAGAGGCUGCCACAGCUAUCAGAAACAGGUUUUACAACUUUUAUUACCGCAAUGAAAAUACUGUAGACAUUUUUGUCGUGUAA